AUGCUCGCGUCAGGCUUGCCUCUGGCAGUGCUAAGCACGCUCGUGUUCGCUCCGACGCUGCACGCCGCAGCGAAAUGCUAUGGGGUCGACGGGACCCCAUCCGACGACAGCCAACGGCCGUGCAAUCCCGAUGCCGAGUUCAGUCCCUGCUGCGCCACCAACAAAGACAAAGCCGACAUCUGCAUGUCCUCGGGACUGUGCUAUGCCCAGGACGCGGGUUACGAAGGCUUCAUAUACUCCAACGGAUGCACAGACCCCACGGGAAGGGCAGAGGCAUGCCCUCACUUUUGCCCCGAUCAAACCAACGACUGGAAGGGCGGCCCUGCCGUCAGCUCGUACAAUGUCCUUCAAUGCAACGAGGGCGGCAGGUACUGCUGCCGCAAGGCUUUGGAACCGGAAAACUGCUGCGGUAACAAGAGCGCGGUUAUGACCAUCAACGUUGGCCAGCUGCGGCUUGCGACGAGGACGAGGACGAGGACGAGGACGGGGGAUGCGGGCGCAACCACGACGGUCACGUCGACGAGCUGCGACUUGGCGCAAUCCAGCGGAUCUUUGAAUAGGCAGUGCCCCAAAGACAACUCGGCUAUUGUCGGCGGUGCUGUUGGGGGCGUACUCGGUGCUGCGCUCCUGGCCUCCCUGGCUGCCCUUGCCGUCAUGUGCUUGCGAAGACCAAAAGAACACUAUACUCACAACGGCCCCAUGGAAUACUCCAACAUUGCCGUCUCUGGCGGCCAUCCGCACGAACUUUCUGCGAGACCAGUCCACGAAAUGCAGGGGAGCCAGGUGAGGAGUGACGUGGACUCCUCGCUUGGUAGCCAGAAGCCGUACUGA